AUGAUGAUGAUAUACGCAGUAGCCCAAGUCCUUUCUUACUUGGGUUUCAAGUGUCCAGCACCUCUUCACCGGAGACCAGUCUCUCUCUCCCUCUCUCAGAUUCUUAAUCAGAAAGACUUGUUUCUUUUCAUACUCUGUAACAGACGAAGACAGAAGAUGCUGGCUGUGAAUUGCAGCUCUUCCUCUUCCACUUGUCCUCCUCCUCCACCAUUGGGCUCCCAUUUAAGCGGACCUGACAAUGGGGUUCUAGUUAACAUGUCACCUACACUUUUCUCCUACUUCAACCCUAUUGUACAGUUGGAUAGGACUUUACCUAACAAGGAUUCCCUUUGUUGUGACUCCGAGGAGGCACAGGGUUGUACUAUCAUCAACUCUUUUGCUUCAACACCAAAGUCUUCCAUGGAGCUGAAGGAGGAGAUUGCCACGCUUGAGCUUGAAAUUAUGCAUUUAGAACGUCAUCUGCUUUCACUAUAUAGAACAGCUUUUCAAGGAUGUGCCUUGCCGAGUACCCCAGAAAGCCAUUUACAAUUUAAGACGGGACACUCCAAAUUGGAGCUGCAAGUGCACAGAGGUGGAGUGGUCCAUCAUGAUCAAACUUCCCCUGCACAUCGCCGGGUCAGCUCAGAUAAUCGGAAUAGUGCCACUAGCAUAAAAGCCUCAUCUAACUGGGACCGGAAAAUUAAUUCUCGUCAUCGCAGCCUAGCUGAUCAUCUUGGUGAGACUCACAAUGAUAGUACCCUUAAUACUCCAGAUAGACUUUCUGAAGAUAUUGUAAGAUGCAUCUCUUCUAUAUACUGCAAACUUGCCAAUCCCCAAACCCACACGUGCUCGUCAGCGUCGCCUGCUUCCUCCUUGUCCUCCUCAAGUAUAUUUUCUUCUAAGAAUCCUUGUGAUAGUUGGAGUCCACAUUGCAAUGAGGAUGCUACAAUGCAUCAUCAAGGGUUGAAAGAAAACAGUGGACCCUAUGCCACAAUGAUAGAAGUUUUGAAGAUAUGUUUAGACGAUGACAGCUUCAAUUAUGCUGCUAUGAUGCUGCAAAAUUUCAGGUCAUUGGUGAGAAGUCUAGAGAAGGUUGAUGUCCUAAAGAUGAAGCGUGAGGAGAAGCUUGUGUUCUGGAUUAACAUUCACAAUGCCUUGGUGAUGCAUGCAUACCUGGCAUAUGGAACUCACAGCCGUGUGAAAAGUACUUCAAUUUUAAAGGCAGCAUACAAUAUAGGUGGACAUUGCAUAAAUGCGUAUAUCAUACAGAGCUCCAUAUUAGGAAUUCGAGCACACCACUCAGCACGGUGGCUACAAACGUUGUUCCAUUCAGGAAGGAAGUUGAAGACAGGGAGCAUUAGACAUGCAUAUGCGUUAGAAUACCCUGAGCCACUAGUCCAUUUUGCUCUAUGUUCAGGGGCGUACUCUGACCCAGCGGUUCGAGCAUACAGAGCGAAUAGCAUAUUUCAGGACCUGAAACUUGCUAAAAAAGAAUUCAUUCAAGCUAAUGUCUAUAUGUACAAGGAGACAAAGCUUUUCCUCCCAAAAAUUCUUUACUACUUUGCAAAAGACAUGUCACUGGGUAUGCUAGGGCUCUUGGAGGAAAUAAAUGAUUGUCUCUCAGACAUUCAAAAGAACGCUAUCAGAAGCUGCAUGGCAGGAAAGCUUGACAAAUACAUACAUGGCUACCUCAAAGUUCAACCUUUCGCAAAAACCAAUAACCGACUAUUUCCAAGGACCGAAAGAACCUCUCCAUCCUUCCAGAGAUUGUUGUGGACUGGAGAGGAGAGGGUUGUGGUUGCUGCUGUUGACUGGCAUUCGCUGAUUCAUUUUGUCAUUCUUGUUAGUCGACAAGGAAAAGUGAGGCUGACCAAAUGGUUUUCACCCUAUUCCCAGAAGGAACGAUCUAAGGUAAUGCGGGAACUGAGUGGCAUAAUACUCAAUCGGGGCCCCAAGUUGUGCAACUUUGUGGAGUGGAGGGGGUUUAAAGUUGUGUAUAAAAGAUAUGCCAGCCUUUAUUUCUGCAUGUGUGUUGACCAGAACGAUAACGAACUGGAGACCCUUGAAAUAAUUCACCAUUAUGUUGAGAUACUGGAUCGCUAUUUCGGCAGCGUUUGUGAGCUAGACUUGAUUUUCAACUUUCAUAAGGCUUACUAUAUAUUGGAUGAGCUUCUGCUUGCUGGCGAGCUUCAAGAGUCUAGCAAGAGAACAGUUGGGCGGAUGAUAGCUACGCAUGAUCGAUUUGUGGAGGUUGCUAAAGAGGAGGCGAGUUCAAUAGGCACUUUGAUCGCACAAGUCCGCAUGUAG